AUGCCAGUACUGCCUCAAGACAACCACCAACCACCCAUUCCUCAAGAACCCCAACCACCAAACCAAGCACAACCUUCUUGUGAUGAAGGGCACCAUGUUGACAUGGACAUCCAUGAGGGUCACCAUGGUGCUGACUAUUGUGAUAUCAACAUGGACAGGCAUCUGCACCAGCCAUCCCCCCAGGCAGAUAUCCAUAUGGAAUUUGUCAGUGGCAAACCAUGUGAUGUAAAUGGUGCAUUCCUCCCUCCUGGUGCUCCUCCUCCUCCUGAGGAUAUUGCAAAUGACAACUGGAUGCCCUUUCAUAACUGUUUGGAAUUUGAAACAGCUGAGUUCCUCUACAAGCAAAACCAGAUGCCAGCCAGUCAAAUUGACUGGCUGCUGGAUCUAUGGGCAUCUACCCUUAUCACUGAUCUGUACAACGUCAUUGACAGUUCGCCCUUUGGAGAUGCACCAUGGCAACACUUUACAGUUGCCUAUGAUGGCGAGAGACUCACAGAUGAAGACAGGCCCUGGAUGGAUGAUCAAUACAAAGUUUGGUUCUGCAACCUGCAUGAAGUCAUGUGCAAUAUGCUUACAAAUCCAAUUUAUGCUAAUGAGAUAGAUUACCACCCAUACAGAGAAUAUUCAACUGAGGCAUGGGAUCAAGUAGAUGAAAUUGCAAAAGACCUGAGCACACUCGGGUCAACUUUUGUCCCUGUCAUUCUUGGCAGUGGUGAAACAACAGUUUCAGUUGGGACAGGUAAUAAUGAGUAUUAUCCACUAUAUGCUUCUAUUGGUAACAUCCAUAACAAUGUCCGACAAGCAUAUCAUAACAGAGUGGCCAUUAUUGUGUUCCUUGCAAUGCCGAAAAAACAUUCAUUCAGAAAUUUUCAUCAACAGCUGUUCCACUCAUCCCUUUCCAAAAUCCUCAACCCACUCAAGCUGGGCAUGACAACUCCUGAAGUCACGCAUUUCAGAGAUGGUCACUACUGGUGGGUUAUAUAUGGACUAGGACCUUAUAUAGCAGAUUAUGAGGAACAGGUUCUAUUGCUAAUAUUAUUUUACAUGUGUGUGGCAAAUCACAAUAAUCUUGAUGAAGAUGCAUUACCAUCCCUUAUUGAAGAGGCUCUAUUGGAUGAUCUGUGGGAUGACUUUGGAAUAGUCACCCAACUUGUGCCCUUCACAAAUGACUUCCCCCGAGCUGACAUCUUUCAAAUGAUUUUGCUGGAUAUCCUCCAUCAACUUGUAAAAGGGGCCUUCAAGGAUCACCUUGUGACAUGGGCACAGAAAAUUAUGGAUGAUAUUGAUCGCAGAAUCACUGCUGUUGCUUUAUUUUCAGGUUUGCAACGAUUUCCCCAAGGGCAUGGAUUUAAGCAGUGGAUGGGAGAUGACUCUAAGGCCUUGAUGAAAGUCUACUUGCCUGCUAUUGAGGGCCAUGUACCUCAAGACAUCAUGCACACCUUUUGCACACUUCUGGAUUUUUGUUACUUAGUCUGUUGUGUUAUAAUUACUGAAGAUACUCUACUUGAGAUCAACGAUGCACUCUCUCACUUUCACCAUUACCGUGAAAUCUUCAAGGCAACAGGUGUCAUCUUUCACUUCUCCCUACCUCAUCAACACUCACUCACACACUAUUCUCAAAAUAUCCUCUGUUUUUCAAUCACCAAGAACAAGCACAUUGAAGCACAAAUCAAUAAACUUGGUGAAGAGGCAGUGGUGGCAGCAGCAGCAGCAGCACCUGCAAACAGAUACAGAGACAGAGACAGAGACCCACAUCCCCCUGGACCUGUACCACCUGCACCUUCCUUGAUUGAUAUUGAUGAGGACCUCAAUAUAGACAAUGGGCCAAUGGUUCUACAAGUGUUCGUGCAGCUGGUGAAAACACCUCGGGGAAAAAAAUGCGCUCAAAGCAUUCCUGCACUUGCCAAUGAACUCAAUAUUCCUUGCCUCUCUGACCUUCUCAGUUGCUUCUUGUUCCAACAGUUGCAUCCCAACAAUCCCUGUGACACAUCUGAUGUACCUCUCACUGGAUGCCCGCUUUACCUCAACAAAAUUUUGGUUUUCAAUUCAGCAUUUGAUUUGAGCAGCACUGGUGGCAUGCAUGUUGAACACAUCCACACUUGUCCCUCCUGGUGGAACAAGUCCUCAUGCAAUGACUGUGUCUUCAUCAACACAGACUCUAGUCUACCUGGCAUACAAGGCCUUGAAGUUGCAUGUUACCAAGGUAAAGUGUAUCCCUGUGCUGUGAUCCAUUGGUUCAACAAAGUCAGCGACACUGCAGACAAGGACACAGGAAUGUGGAUAGUUCAUCCAGGAUAUAGAGCAAACAAUACUCCAGAGCAUGCCAUCAUUCACAUUGAUUGGCACAUACUUGGGUAA